UUUAGGUCUCCUCUGGUUCAUGGUUCGCAGUUUUUUGACGGCGCGUCACGUUUGGGAAGCAUUGAUGGACUUUUACGCACGAAACAAAACCAUGUCGAUCCAUUUUUUUUUAUUAUUAUUUUUCAAAAUCAUACUGUGCGACAGAGCAGGCUGUGCACUUUUUAUGUUGAAACUGAACAGACACUGUGUGAGUGAACUGGCACAGUAACUGGAGUGAGCCAUGUCUGUAAGUAAAGCAGUAAGGCGUGCGUAAAGUAGCUUCAACAAUUUAAAAAGCUAAACAAGUGCAGCACUAUUAAUUCCAUUAUUUCUGGUUUGGGUUUUACUGAUUGUUUUAAUGUGAUGACACGAUGAAGCAGUGCCGGUUGUUCCGCUUCCUGUGCUUUGUGCGUCUGUUGGACACGGUAAGUUCUCUCCAUGAGAUUCCAGUCCUCCGCGCGCAAUAGCACUUGAUCUCGGCGGGAGGAAGCGGACGAAAGGAAGAUGGCCAUCCACGCCGAGGGUCUCGUGGCUAUCGUGAUCUUCUACCUCCUGAUUCUGUUUGUGGGGAUCUGGGCCGCCUGGAAGAACAAAAACUCCGGCGUCAGCGAAAGCGGAGACCGGAGCGAGAGCAUCAUGGUAGGGGGAAGGGACAUCGGAUUGUUCGUUGGUGGAUUCACAAUGACCGCCACUUGGGUGGGUGGGGGCUACAUCAAUGGGACAGCAGAGUAUGUCUACCUGCCAGACUUCGGCCUGGCCUGGGCACAAGCACCCUUUGGUUACGCUCUCAGCCUGGUAGUAGGUGGCCUUUUCUUUGCCAAGCCCAUGCGCUCUCGUGGAUACGUCACAAUGCUGGAUCCCUUCCAGCAGCUGUAUGGAAAAAGGAUGGGCGGCCUGCUCUUCAUCCCCGCACUCAUGGGGGAAAUCUUCUGGUCUGCAGCCAUUUUAUCUGCCCUGGGUGCCACUCUGAGUGUGAUCGUGGACAUAAACAUCAACAUGUCGGUGGUGAUCUCAGCCCUGAUCGCUAUCUUCUACACACUUGUUGGAGGACUCUACUCUGUUGCUUACACAGAUGUGGUCCAGCUCUUCUGUAUCUUUGUUGGCUUGUGGAUCAGCGUGCCUUUUGCUCUGUCCAAUCCUGCCGUGGCGGACAUCAGUGUUACAGCUAAGGAAGUUGUCUACCAGUCACCCUGGCUGGGGAAGAUUGUACCUGAGGACAAAUGGCUCUGGGCAGACAACUUCUGUUUGCUGAUCUUGGGGGGGAUUCCCUGGCAGGUCUAUUUUCAACGGGUUCUUUCUGCCUCUUCAGCUACCUACGCCCAGGUCCUUUCCUUCCUCGCCGCCUUCGGCUGCUUGGUCAUGGCCGUCCCCUCUGUCCUCAUAGGAGCGAUAGGGGCCUCCACUGACUGGAAUCAGACUACUUACGGGUACCUCCCUCCGAAGGAUAAGGAUCAAUCAGACAUGAUUCUUCCCAUUGUGCUUCAGUACCUCUGCCCGCCCUACGUGUCCUUCUUUGGUCUGGGGGCGGUGUCGGCUGCGGUCAUGUCAUCGGCAGACUCAUCCAUUCUCUCAGCCAGCUCCAUGUUUGCCAGGAACAUUUAUCAGCUCGCCUUUCGGCAGUCGGCCUCAGAUAAUGAGAUUGUUUGGGUGAUGCGCUUCACCAUCUUUAUAUUCGGAGCCCUUGCCACUGCUAUGGCAUUGUUAACAGGAUCCGUGUAUGGCCUGUGGUACCUGAGCUCCGACUUGGUCUACGUCAUCAUCUUUCCCCAACUUCUCAGUGUGUUAUUCGUCAAGGGCACUAAUACCUAUGGCUCUGUGGCUGCCUAUGUAUUUGGUCUUUUGCUGCGCAUUGGUGGAGGGGAGCCCUACCUCAAACUCCCACCCUUCAUCUACUACCCCGGAUGGGUGACCCAGGAGAGGAUCCACCACCUCACUGGGGAUGUGGAGUACUUUAUCCAGCAGAGGUUCCCAUUCAAGACAGUGUCCAUGCUGGCAUCCUUCUUGGCAAAUGUAGCGUUUUCUUACACGACAAAGUACCUAUUCGAAAGCGGUACGUUGUCACAUAAGUACGACUUCCUGGAUGCUGUGGUGUCCAAGCACAGCAAGGAGAUUAUGGACAAAGCCACACUGGUGAGCAACCAUGAUAACAUCAUUCUUUCAGAGAUGGCGCCUGUCAAGCAGGCCCUGGGUGCGUCUCUUGCUGGAACAUUCAUCAACACAGAGGUCCUCAGUGAUGAUGGCGCGUCCAGUCCAGAGGCUUUUCACGAUGAAAACUAGGCAACAAAGGCACAAAGAAAACUAGAACCAAGGAAUCUAUAGAAGAAGAAGGAAUAAUCUAAGAGGCAUUGACAUUCUUCAGGAUACUUGCUACUGCCACACUGGAAGCCAAAUCUGCAGAAAUCUGCUGUGGCUUCCGAGUGACUCCACAAGUUUGUUCCAGUUGAUGACACGGUGCCUCCUUCUUUUUUUAAGGUCCCUUGCCUAGAACCAGGAAGUUGACUGUCAAUCAGCUGUGUCAAGCAUACCAUACUCAUUCUUUUUUUAAAUCAUGACUCUGUGAAUCUACAACCACUACAACCACUUUAAUUUAAGUGCUUGUGACUGUGAUCGGAGGGACUUUCAGGGCAUAACUAGGAGUGAAUGCAGUGGACAUCGACAUCUGCAAGGGUUUUCUGUGGGUAAUGAAAAUAGUGCAAUAUCUAACCAAGGAAAUGUGUCCACGUCUACAUAGCAGUGUGUGUGAGUGUGUGUGUGUGUUGAUGUAUACAUGCUCGUGUACUACUGACAACAAAGCAGUGAAUGCUACUGAACCUUUUCAGACUUCAAGUUUUAAGUUUGCGUAGAGUAAAUUUACUAAUAGAGCAAUAAUAUUUGUAGGAUCUUUGUUGUAUAGAUAGAUAUAUUGUGCUAAAUUUGCAAGUUAGCCAUUGUUUUUAACUUGAAGAACAUUAGACAAUUUUUUCAUUUUUGUUUUAGCUUAAUUUAUGUUUCAUUUUCACCUUGCUCUUAAUCCUCCUGUCAUACUCACUUAUUUCAGACGUGGUAAAUGUCGAAUAGAACCACAUGCUACUAUGAUAUUACCAAACCCUUGACAGAAGGUUGUUACUGGAUGAUUCUGCAGAUUACAUUCAGUUUAGUCAUUAACAUUUUUAACAGUCACUAUCAACAUGAUUAAAAUUAGUAGUUCCUACAGUAUCCCCAUUUUGCAACUGCAAGAUCCAUGUGAUGAAUCUAAGUGCAAUAUUUACUCCUUUUUUAUCUCUGUUUUGGUCUCCACCACUCCAAUCAACAGGUAAAUAUCUGUCUUUUUAGUUGCUAAAAAAAUCCACUCUGUUCACUAGCUAGUCUCUAACUAUGGCAGGUAGCAUACGUUGAGUUAAUCAGUGUCUUUUGCAGUAAAAAUCUGCAUGUGGCAGCUGCAAACAAGGUUAUUGAGAGAAGUGACAAUGAACCAAAAAAGUAAAGUUGUGGGCCAGAAAACCAAAACAGACCAAGCUGAAAGACUCUAUGACACUCUGGGGACUGAGAGUUGGGUGAUAAUUAUCUGUCAUUUGACAGUCAUUAUUAAUCAAUUAAUACAUAUUUUAAGGAAAUGUUUAGAUCAGCAUUUAAGAAAGCGAAUGGUCAUAGUUAAACAUAAAAAACAAUGGGACAACAAUGUGACUCUCUGGUUUUAGAGUCAAACACAUUAAAAACUUCCACUUCUGGCAGUGAACGUUUGCACUGGACAUAAAACAUGUACUGCAGAAUCAUCAUGUAUGAAUGUAAUUCCAUAAGAGCCUCAGUUUUCAUUACACACCACUACACAGAUUCCAAUAUCCAAUAUAAACUUUGAUUCUUAAAUGUUUUUUUUUCUGUGUAUCUUGCAAACAGCCGUUGGCUUCCAUUCAUUUCCAUACCUUAUGGAAACCAAUUUGCAGUUUUUGUCUUUGUCAAACCUAUGAGUGUGUUAUAAAUCUUGGAAUUAAUGUGCAUUUACAACUGCAUUCCCACAUAACGAUGACACUGACAACAAUUAAAGCACAUAUGAUGUUCAUUUUUCAAGUCAAUUUUCACAUAUAAAUGAAUGGAACUCAAUGGCAGCCUGAAAAGUGUGACAGUUCAGAAAUCUGAAACAAUUCAGUAAGCUUUAUAAAUGAUUGGCAUUCAUGAACAAUACCUUUGAAGACUGAUAUGGUCUUUUAAAAUGAUCACACAGAAGCUAUUUUGAGAUGUGUUUGUGUGAGUAUGAUGGUUUGUGUGGUCAUCCUAAACCUGUAUUGACUGGCCAGCCACAGCAGGUUAGCAGAGACAGGAAAUGAUUGUUCCUCUCGGGAUGGUGUCAGUGGCACCGGUCAUUAUCGAUCCAAUCCCCAGUCGAUUAGCCCUUAGGACAUUUGAUUAAUGCUGCAAAGUGGUUUGACACCGUGGUUUAUAAGGGUUUGUUUAACAGUGUGUCAUACAGUGAUGAAAGUUGAAAUGUUAUUGAUUGAGCACCCUCACAUGAAUUCCCUAACAUCAGUCCUCACAUUCUCCCCAGGGCUGGUUGUUUUAAACUACCCAGCACACUGCUGCUCUGUAUGAUGAGAAUCAAGCAAAGGAGUUGUCACUUCAUGCAGUGAUUUCUGGCAUUGUUAUGUGUUGCUAUUGUCCAGUUGACUUCUGUGUGUUUAUCUCCUCUCAGAGUUGUUGUGGAUUGUUUGUUUCUUUUUGAAUCUAUGGAAUCGCCUUAAUUCAGAGGUCAGCUGUGGAAAAUGACUGUGUUUGGAACGCUGGCAAAAAGUGACCACUUUUAUAGAAAUCGUUUUGCAGUUAGAGGACAAAGCUGGUAAUACUCUGCAUUUAAUUUAUUGUCAACAAAUAAGACCAGAACCAAUGACGUGUUUUGAUGAUGUCAGGAAUUGUCUGACUUCCCAACCUCAUCUAUAGCACUCAGCUGCAAGCCCGUUAAUUUCAAUUGAAGAUGUACUUAAAAAAGGGGUCGCAUAUACAUAGUGUCCAUUUUUUCCCCGAAUCUACUGGUUUUCCCCCAAGAAACUAAUAUAACUGAGUAAAUGUUCCUCUGUUGGCCUAAUGUGCAAUUCAGAGUACUGAAGACAACAUUGGCAUUGUUGGGGAUUCUGUUUGCAAUUAGAGCAGCCCAGAUUAUUAUGGCAUGGGUUUAAAGGUUGCAAAUUUGUACUCCAGCACAGUGUAACACAAAAAGGUUUCAAGAUUACUAAGAUUGUUUGCAACAGAUUCCUACCCUACCUAUUUUAUGUAACCUUAAAAAUGAAAAACAUCAGAUAAUUUUGCCUCUUUGUAGGUGACAGGAGUGAAAAUUAGUCAUCCUCAGCAUUUGUUGUGUUAUAGUUUCAGAAUGAUGAAGACAUUAGACAAUGGUUAGAUACAAAAUAGGAUGUAGCUCCCAAAGCGACUAUCACAUUUUCCCCAAGUGAUGUGCAGAUUUUUAGGGAUUUUAUUACCUCGAAUGGCUUGAAAAAAAAUGUAUAUAAAGCUGCCGUAAGCAGGAAAAACAAAUUUCCCCAGUGGAGCAUGCCCGUGGACCCCCUUAGGUUUGGCUUCGCCCCGUCUAUGGCACGGCAGAACAAGCUAUAUCAGGUCUUGGCUGCUCAGACAGUACUUGUUAGUGGGAUCAAUUCAUUGUUGAUUUUAGUCUUUUCAAGGGAUUUGGUGACAAUAACUAAAAUGUAGUACAACACCAGCCUUAUCCUUUAAGUCAAGAAGAUGGCCUUAUAGUUAGUCUUUGGAGUGAAGGGGACUUGAUCCCCAUAUGCAGCCAUAUCUGCUGAGAUACAGUGGGUCACAUUAAUUCCAGACCUGAUCCUAUCUCAUCUGUAAAACAUAAAUAACAGUUGUUGGAUUUAUGAUUUGCCACCAAGAUGACAUCAGCUUCACAAUGAAAGGGGUGACUGCUGGUCUGAUGCUAUGCAAAGUGUCAGGCAAUCUCAUUGGACUCAAAUGUGAAUGUAAACUUUCCUCCUCAUCAGAUAAGCCUCAUAACGAGUGUGUCGUAGCUUAGGUUCAUUCACAAACCUGGACGCACACAGAAAAGAAUCUACGUCAGCCGUUGAGCCGACACAUUUGUGGCUAUAUGUCGUAAAUUGCAAUGAUGCUGUAUUUUUGUGUGAUAAAUGUAUAUACCAAAAAAAGUAAAGAAAGAAAUUAGUCUACUUUUAAAUGCAGCAUUAAAAAUGAUGUUUGUUGAUGGUGAAAUUACAGCUAUUUAUUUAUUCAUGCAGUGUCUAUAAGAGUAUAGUUGUAAACAUAUGUGAGGUCAGUUGAAUAAAUUAUAUUA